GCCCGGGGGCGCUGAUUGGCUAAGGCGCGCUGGGAAUCGGAAGCGGGUGGAUCCUUUCCCGUCGGGCUCAGAAUGGUGGCGGCUGCCGGGCUUGUUUUCCGACGGCUGGGCGCGCUGAGCGGGGCUGCGGCGGUGGGGGCGGCCGCCUACGGGGCGCAUGGUUUCCGUCGAAGUGACCGCGAUGACUACUUAAAAGAGCUCUACGAGAUUGCCAAUAAAUAUCACUUCCUCCACAGCCUGGCACUCUUGGCUGUGCCUCAUUGCCGGUAUCCCAUGAUGGCUGGGAGCAUCCUGUCCCUGGGGAUGGGGAUGUUUUGUGGCGCCUUUUAUUACCACGCGGUAACCGGAGACCCAGUCUUCACCAGGGCGGCUCCGUAUGGGGGGACCCUCCUCAUCCUUGGCUGGAUUGCCAUGGCCCCCUGACAGUGACACUCCCCAUUUGGUCCUUUUCUCCCAGCACUGGGGUAGCUGCCCUAUUCCUCAUCCCCCACACACACACCUGUAACCUCGUCUGAGGCUGCCAGAAUGGGGCAAUACAAGAGAAGGUUUUGGGGGUGCCUUGACUAAAACCUUGAAGCUGUCUUUAAACCUCACUUUAUUCCAUGCCCCUGGAAUCUUCCACAGGACUUAGAAUUCCUGAAAUGCGGAAUCAUUUUUUAAAAAAUCAAAUAUAUUUUGUAAAUUGCAACCAAAUGUAGGUUUGUGAUGGGCAGAGAGAGGAAUUGUUUUAAGCAAAGCACUUGAUGGAAUUUGUUAUCAUUGGUUUCAAUCAGUGUUUUAAACUGAUUUUAAUAAAGGAAACUGAUUUUACUUUUUUAAAUCCACA